AAGCCUUCAUCUCCUGUCUUCUCUUUGUUCAGUGCUGGAUUCUACUGUUUGCUUGCCUGUUUCCAUGCCAGUUAUUAUGCCUGUCUUUGCCCAUUCUCCAUGACCAGAUCUACUCUUGUCGUGCUGAUGUUUCCAAUUUGUGAUAAAAGUGCCAAGUGACUUGAGUGAAUUCAAGAUCAUGGGUUUGAAUUCCUGUGAUGGACCAGCGACCUGUUCAGAGAAUCUUGCCUCUUGAAUAAAUGGAUCCAAGCAAGUCCUCUGACCUCAGUGACAAGAAAGGCUUCCAGAUGCUGGGACGCGGAAGAGGAUUGCAGCCUGAGGAAAUGGUUGCGGGACGAAGUAGAGGGCUGCUGCUUGCUACAGAAGCACCAGGGUUAGGACGAGCCAGAGGUUUCGUCCCUCCUGGUGAUAUCCCUCCAGGACGAGCAACAUUUCCCCCUGCUACGGGCCCUGUAGUUGCACCAGGCAGUGGGCUGUUUGUGCAGCCUGAUGACAUAAGAGUUGGUCGAGCCAGAGGGCUUCUGCUCCCAGCAGCUGAACUGAAGGUUGGGGUUAGCAGAGGUGCCGUCCUGCCUAGGUUUGAGCCACAACUUGGACAGAAGCAUCAUUUAGAAACAACACCACCGGUCUCAACAGGAGACACACCUGCUUUAAUGGGAAAAGAGGUUAGCAUGCCAACCUCUGGUCAAGGGUCAUCACUGGUAUCAAUGUUUAGGGGAAUCGGUGUGACUUCCUGGGGAAGAGGAACUGCAGCAGUGGGAAGAGGAGCAUCUGGAGAUGUUAUAGAGGUGAAAGUGCAAGGUGGACCUGUAGGGAUCACCAGCACCCCACAGAGUGGUCAGUCUGGAGACAUGAUGGGCAGGGGAAGCAGUGUGUCCCCUCAGAUGAUAGUGGGACUUGGAAGAGCAGCUCUCCCGCAGCUUGGAGUGGGAAGAGGACGAGCUUUGCUUCCCUCUUUGCCUCCAGGUCAGAUUAAGCCAGUUCCUUCAACAUCUGAUCCCCAAACAGUACUGCAAUCUCCGCCUCAUGUAGCAGGAGUUUUGCCGUUCGUUCCAAUGACUGAAGACCUGACUGUGCCUUUAAGUAGUGCACAACCAAAGAAGGAGCUGACCAUGGAGGCAGUACGUGUGCCGAUUCCUAAAGCUGGGACAAAAGGAGCUCCCAUAACUAUUGGAUCGAACCACAUUAUAGUUUCAUGUAAGAACGAAGCUGUGUAUCAGUACCAUGUCACAUUCACUCCAAAUGUUGAAUCUAUGGGAAUGCGUUUUGGCAUGAUGAAAGAUCAUCGUUCAACCACAGGAGAAGUGGUGGCUUUUGAUGGCUCCGUUCUCUACCUGCCAGUUAAACUGAAAGACGUUGUUGUUCUCAAGAGCUUGAAACGGACUGAUAACGAAGAAAUAGAAAUCAAAAUCGAAAUGACAAAGAUUUUGCCCCCAAACUGUGAUCUCUGCAUCCCGUUCUACAAUGUGGUUUUCAGAAGGGUGAUGAAAAUCAUUGGGCUAAAGCAAGUGGCCCGAAACCAUUAUGAUCCUGAAAGCACCAUUGUCCUAGAAAAACAUCGGCUUCAGGUGUGGCCAGGCUAUGCUACCGCUAUUAAGCGCACAGACGGAGGUCUGUACCUGUCUGUGGAGGUGACUCACAAGGUUUUGCAGAACGACUCUGUGCUGGAUGUCAUGAAUACGCUGUACAAACAGAGCAAGGAGAACUUCCAAGAUGUGUGCACCAAAGAACUAGUUGGGGCCAUUGUUAUCACACGCUACAAUAACCGCACAUACCGCAUUGAUGCCGUUGAGUGGAAUAAGUCUCCUAAGGACACCUUCACUUUGAUGGAUGGUACAAGAACCACCUUCUUGGAAUACUACAGGAAGAACUAUGGGAUCACAAUCAAAGAGAUGAACCAACCCUUACUCCUGCAUCGACCUCCAGAGAGGUCCAAGCCAGGAGGGAAGCAACUCAUCACUGGAGAGAUCUUUUUGGUGCCAGAGCUCUCCUUCAUGACAGGAAUCCCAGAGAAAAUGAGGAAAGACUUCAGAGCUAUGAAAGAGCUGACCAUGCACAUCAAUGUGAGCAGUGAGCAGCACACAAAUGCAAUAAAGCAGCUUCUGAAGAACAUCAGCUCUAAUCCUGAAAGUCGGAAGGAGCUCAGCCAAUGGGGACUAGAGAUCGGCUCAAACAUCCUGAAGAUUCAAGGAAGAACUUUGCCGCCUGAAACCAUCUGCCUUCAAACGUCUUCCUUUGCAACCGGAGCAGAUGUUUCCUGGUCCAGAGAGGUUGUGAGAGAUGCUUCAAUCAGCUCUAUCCCUUUGAACAUCUGGGCCAUCUUCUACCCUCCUCGCUGUGCAGACCAAGCUGAAGAACUAGCUUCCACCUUUAAAAAGGUAGCUGGGCCUAUUGGGGUACGGCUGGCACGUCCCAUUAAAGUGGAGCUGCGGGAUGACCGAACUGAAACAUACGUCAAAAGUAUCCACACUCAUCUCACCAGCGAGCCCAAUUUGCAGCUUGUUGUGUGCAUACUGGUCGGCAACAGGGAGGACCUCUAUUGUGCCAUCAAGAAGCUGUGCUGUGUCAAAAUCCCGAUUCCUUCCCAGGCCAUCAAUAUCCGGACAAUAUCUCAGCAGCAGAAGCUGAAGAGUGUUGCCCAGAAGAUUCUCCUGCAGAUGAACAGCAAGCUAGGAGGAGAACUGUGGACGGUCAACGUCCCUCUGAAAAGCCUGAUGGUCGUUGGAGUUGAUGUUCACCAUGACACCAGCAAAACACAUCGGUCCGUCAUGGGAUUUGUUGCCAGUGUGAACAGCUCCCUGACCCGUUGGUACUCUAGAGUUACCUUCCAGACGUCCAAUGAGGAACUGAUUCGUGGCUUCAGAGUUUGCCUGCUGGCUGCACUGAAGAAGUACCACGAGAUAAAUCACAGCCUUCCAGAGAAGAUUGUGGUGUAUCGGGAUGGUGUUUCAGACAGCCAGCUGAUGAUGGUCGAGCAAUAUGAGAUACCACAGCUGAUCAAAUGCUUUGAGACAUUCCCCAGCUAUGAACCCAAGCUGGUCUUCAUUGUCGUCCAAAAGCGCAUCAGCACCACUCUGUACUCCUGGGCUGCAAACUGCUUUGGCACUCCUCCACCCGGAACUGUUCUGGAUCACACCCUCACUCAGAAAGACUGGGUGGACUUUUAUCUGUUGGCACAUCACAUCCGUCAGGGUUGUGGACUUCCUACACAUUACAUCUCCCUGUACAACACAGCUAACCUCACUCCUGACCAUUUGCAAAGGCUGACGUUCAAGAUGUGCCAUCUGUACUGGAACUGGCCAGGGACCAUUCGUGUCCCAGCACCAUGCAAAUAUGCCCACAAACUGGCUUUCCUGUGCGGCCAGUAUCUCCACUGUGAACCGGCCAUUCAGCUUUCUGAUAAGCUGUUUUUUCUUUGAGCAGAAAGGGUUGCCAGCACCGAUCCAAGGAAAUGCAGCAUUUGAUAAAAAUAAUUAUAUUUUAUGUUUAACAAUUGUGAGCACGUGAAGACUAGUUUAAUAUGUAAAGUUUCCAGUGUUUCAAAGGUCUGUAUUGUUACUGUUUACUCAAUUUGUUCUGCAGCUUUCAGCUUUACCUGUUUGCAAAUAAUUCAACAAUCUUGCACUUUCAGAAACCUAAAGUUAUAAAGGCUGAUGUGUAUUUGAAGCUUUCAAUAAAAACUCAUUUAGAAUAAUGAAUACACAACA